AUGCUCCCCAAACCCCUCCGCACCCUCGCGGUGCCAGCUCUAGCCCUAACCGCCCUCGCCACCCCCUCCUUGGCGAAAAUAACAACAUCCCAAAAUACCACGCACUACACCCUCUCCAACACCCGACUAGCCGUCGCAGUCGCAAAAUCAAACGGCCACAUCGUUGACCUCACCCUCGACGGGCAGGACCUGCUGGGCCCCGUCUCCGGAAAUACAGGGAAAGGCCCCUACCUCGACUGCUCCUGCAUCCCCUCGGGGUUCUGGACGCCCGGCGGAACGGCGGAGCUUACCCUCCUCAAUGGCACAGACAGUUCGGGCACGGGCUAUGCGGGGAUCAUCAUGAGUGAUACCUACGCCGGCACGAACCAGACGCUCUCGCAAUAUUUCUUCCUGCGGGAGAACGAAACGGGUCUGCAUGCGUUUUCGCGCGUGACGUAUUUCAACGAGAGUACACCGUUCCUCCGCGGGCUGGGCGAAAUGCGCACGCUCUUUCGCCCGAAUACAGAUCUGUGGACGCACUUCUCGACGAGCGACGGGAAUUUCGGUCCCCUCCCCUCCGACGCUGCCUUUGACGCCGCGCUCACCGUGCAGGAUGCGACGAGCUACCUGGGCAGCACACCUGACGACGGAUACGUCGCCCAGUACUCGGAUUACUUUACGAAGUACUCCCUGGCCGAGAGCUGGCGCGCGCACGACGUCCACGGGCAGUAUAGCGAUGGGUCGACGAGCGGGGACGGGAGUACGUUCGGUGCGUGGCUCGUGCACAACACCGUCGAGAGUUACUACGGGGGCCCGCUACAUUCGGAUCUCGUCGUUGAUGGGAUCGUGUAUAACUACAUGGUGAGCGGACACCAUGGUGCUGCGGUCCCGAAUAUCACGCAUGGGUUUGAUCGCACAUGGGGGCCGCAGUACUACCACUUUAACCGCGGAAGCAGUGAAACGACCUUGGCUGAGCUGCGCGCCGACGCGGCGCAGUAUGCGGAUCCGCAGUGGAAUGCGGACUUUUACGACGACAUCGCGGAGCAUGUUCCGAAUUUCGUGCCGAGUCGUGGGAGGACGAGUUUCGCGGGGAGUGUCAAGUUGCCCAAGGGCGCCGAGAAGCCGAUUGUUGUUCUCUCCGAGAACGGGGUUGAUUUCCAGUUGAAUGUGUUUGAUACGCAGGCGCGGCAGUACUGGGCUGAGAUUGACAGCAAGGGCCGGUUUACGAUUCCGCGCGUUGUCAAGGGGACGUAUCGCGUGACGGUGUAUGCGGAUGGGAUCUUUGGGUGGUUUGUUCAGGAUGAUGUGGAGGUUUCUCGCGACAAGCAGUUCAAGUUCACCUGGAAGGAAGAAAGCGCCGGGAAGGAGAUCUGGCGCAUUGGGGUUCCAGACAAGUCUGCUGGCGAGUAUCGGCACGGAUACGCGCUCGAUACCUCCAAGCCACUGCAGCCAGAGCAGUAUCGCGUCUACUGGGGCAAGUACGACUACGAGGCAGACUUCCCCGAGGGUGUCAAUUUCCACGUUGGAAAGAGCGACCCCGCGACGGACCUGAAUUACAUCCACUGGUCGUUUUUCCCGUCCCAGGGGAACCAUCUACGGACGGAGCCCUACUACGACAAUGUGAACAACUGGACCAUCACCUUCGACCUGACGCGACCGCAGCUGCGCAACGCGAAAAAGGCCACCUUCACCGUGCAGAUCGCAGGAACCAAGACGGCAAACGGGAACUCCAAGUCGUGGUCCGAUCAUCCGUACAGCAAUCUGCCGUGGACGGUGAAUGUCAAUGGCAAGUACGAGGAGACCUGGGCGAUUUCAUACUGGCGAAGCGGAUCGUGUGGUGUGCGCAGUGCGGUCGCCUGCCAGAAUACCGAGCACAAGUUUGUGUUUUCCGUGGACAAGCUGAAGAGUGGGAGGAAUGAGUUUGUGUUGAGUCUGCCGUUUAAUGCGUCGAGUGUUGAGACGGCGCUGCUGCCUGAGGCGUUGUAUGUGCAGUAUGAUGCUCUCAGGUUAGAGCUCGAUUGA